GGGCGAGGCUGGGAACCGGGAGACGCCGCAGCCAUGGAGGAGUUUAAUCCCCGUAACGACGAGAUGAUCUUUAACACUGAAGAAGCCCACAAUAUUAUUAAAGAUUGCAUAGAAGGUGUUCUGGGCAAGGCAGAUUAUAACCAUGACAAUGUGAAUAAAUGGACUGCAGCUGUAGUAGAACAGUCUCUAACAAAUCUAGUAAAACUGGGAAAAACAUAUAAGUAUAUUGUGACCUGUGCUGUGAUGCAGAAGUGUGGGGCUGGUCUGCAUACUGCAAGCUCAUGUUUUUGGGAUACCACAACUGAUGGGACUUGCACAGUCAGAUGGGAAAACAGAACAAUGAACUGUGUGGUUAGUGUCUUUGCUGUGGCCAUAAACUUGUAGCAAAAAAUUAAAGAUUGUAAACUGGAUAAAAUAAGUUAUCCCAAAGCCUUUUAAAUUAGAAAUUAUGAAAUACUCAGAAUGUACUGUAAGAAUUAUUAAAUAGAUAUUAUUAAGUCUGAGAAAAAAGGAA